UAUUUGCGCAGGCUGUGUCGAUGCUGGCGUGGAGUUUGGGCGUGGACAAGCCGCGCAGCUACGUCUUCUGUAAGCAGAGAUCAAGGGAGUCAACGCACCAGCAGCUUCUUCAUGAGCAGCAAUGCCACCGGGCUGUUCCUGAGCUCUGCCACCAAUGCGAAGGAAGCUAGGACGGUGAUGAUCGUCAGGUUCAGAGCACCUUCCGUCAAGUGGAUCGGAGGGUUUUGUUUAAGUUCUUGUAAAUUGCACGUUACCAAGGGUCUUGGGAUCCUCAGUUUGUGCACCUUCUUCUUGUAUCUAUCUCGGUUUGAUUCUUCUGUCCGGGGGGAAUUUUUCAAUCGGACCUCGGUGUGCGUUGUAUGCAUAAUCAAAUGAUGGUUGGCUACAUGGAUGUGCAUAAGAUUUGUAGAAUUGGCAAACGCCGACUUGGAAGUUGGAAGAAGUCCACGCCGCGUGCUUUGCUGGAAAGUCGAGGAUUUUGUUAUUCCUGUCUGGGGGGCUGGAGCCGGAUACUCUGACAGCCACCGUGGUGAGAGAGGGGGCUACAACUGAAGCCUGUCAGACAAGAGUUUAGGUGAGUUUGGACCAUACGAUUAGGAGCGGAUUCUUGCAAGGUUACAGCGGAUGCUUCCUCAGAAGGGCGACGGCCGAGCAAAGUGAGAGCAGGCAGAGGGAGAUGACCUCAAAAUGGAACUCUGGCGUCCAUGGCCUUGUGUUCUCCAUCCCGCUGUUUCUUCUAGUCGCGUUGGCCGGGGCCCAGCAAGCACCAACCAGAAGCACAGAUCCAGUCGAAGUGAAGGCGCUGAACGCGGUGUUUGACAAACUCGGGCUGAAACUGUGGCCGGCAUGGUUCAGCGGCGACCCGUGCGUCGGCGCGGCCACGAACGGCACCAACAUCGACAUUUACCAGGACGUGAACCCGGGCAUCAGGUGCGACUGCUCCGACCACGACAACACCGUCUGCCACAUCGUCCAGCUGAAAAUGUUCGACUUGAAUGUAACCGGUCCUAUACCAGAAGCACUGAGGAACCUGACGCGAUUGACUAAUUUGAAUUUGCAACAAAAUUACUUAACAGGGCCUAUACCAUCGUUCCUUGGGGAAUUGACCAAGUUGCAGUACCUGAAUCUUUGUGGCAAUGCAUUAUCGGGACCUGUUCCGAAGGAGCUUGGGAACCUUGUGAAUCUCAUGACCCUGUGUUUAGGCACGAACAACUUAAAUGGCUCCCUUCCUUCUGAAUUGGGGAACCUGGUUAAACUUGAGGAACUGUAUAUUGAUAGUGCUGGCUUAAGUGGUCCUAUACCAUCAUCAUUUUCUAAGCUUACAAGCAUGAAGCGAUUGGUGGCAUCAGAUAAUGAAUUUACUGGACGACUACCAGAUUACAUUGGGAGGUGGAGUAAUUUGCAAGAUUUGAGAUUUCAAGGCAACUCGUUUCAAGGUCCACUUCCAACCACUCUUUCUAAUCUUGUCAACCUGACAGAGAUACGAAUAGGUGAUAUACUAAGUGGGAGCUCUUCACUGGCUUUCAUUAGUAACAUGACAUCUUUGAACACCCUAAUUUUGAGGAAUUGCAGGGUAUCUGAUAGUCUGGCAUCAGUAAACUUUUCACGAUUUGCAAGACUAAAUUUACUGGAUUUGAGUUUUAACAAUAUCACAGGCCAAGUGCCACAAGCCCUACUGAAUCUCAAUUCGCUCAACUUCUUAUUUCUGGGGAAUAAUAGCCUUUCAGGAAGCCUUCCAAGCUCCAAAGGACCUAAUCUCAAAUACUUAGACUUUUCUUACAACCAGCUCUCAGGAAGCUUUCCUUCUUGGGCUAGUCAGAAUAUGCAAUUGGAUCUGGUGGCAAACAAUUUCGUGAUCAAUAACAGCAGUAACAGUGUCUUACCUGUGGGGCUGGAGUGCCUUCAGCGAAAUACAUCCUGUUUUCUUGGCCCUCCACUUUCUACCUCCUUUGCUGUGGACUGUGGGAGCGAUAGAUCUAUAUCUGGUUCAGAUAAUUCCAUGUAUCAGCCUGAUGCUGCCAACAUUGGACCUGCGUCAUAUUAUGUUACAGGAGCCCGAACAUGGGGUGUUAGCAAUGUCGGGAAGUUCAUGGAUGCAUUAAAUAGUAGCUACAUAAUCCAUAGCUCACGCAAGUUUCAGAGUACUUCAGAUUCAGAACUGUUUCAGACAGCAAGGAUGUCGCCAUCUUCUUUGAGGUACUAUGGUAUCGGACUUGAGAAUGGAAACUAUGCAGUCACACUUCAAUUUGCAGAGUUUGCCUUCGAAGACUCAAAGACUUGGACGAGUUUAGGUAGGAGGGUUUUUGAUAUCUAUGUCCAGGGUGAGCUUAAGGAGCGGGAUUUCGACAUAAGGAAGGAAGCAGGCAGGAAAUCUUACACUGUUGUCAAGAAGCAGUAUAUCGUUCCAGUCACUAGAAACUUCCUCGAGGUUCAUCUCUUCUGGGCUGGCAAGGGAACAUGCUGCAUACCAAGUCAAGGCCACUAUGGGCCUGCAAUCUCAGCUUUGAGUGCAACUCUAACCACACAGGAGAGGAGUAUUAAAACUGGUGUAAUUGUUGGAGCCGUGGUUGGUGCAGUAGUUUUCGGACUAGCUGUACUUGCUGGACUCUAUGUGUGCAGGUACAAAAGGAGAGAAGUAACAUCGGAGCAGCAAGAGCUCUACAGUAUUGUUGGAAAACCUAAUAUAUUCAGUUACAGUUAUGGUGAACUAAGGAGCGCUACUGACAAUUUUAGUUCCAGUAACCUUCUUGGUGAAGGAGGAUAUGGGUCAGUUUAUAAGGGUAAACUAACUAAUGGCAGCGUGGUGGCAGUGAAGCAGCUAUCUGAAACAUCUCGCCAAGGGAAGAAGCAAUUCAUAGCCGAAAUAGAAACCAUUUCCCAAGUGCAACACCGUAAUCUCGUGAAGUUGUAUGGUUGUUGCCUUGAGGGUGACAAACCACUGCUGGUUUAUGAGUGCCUGGAGAAUGGAAGCCUUGAUAAAGCAUUGUUCGGAAGUCGAGGAUUGAACCUAGAUUGGCCAACACGGUACGAAAUAUGCUUGGGUAUUGCAAGAGGCCUGGCUUAUCUCCAUGAGGAGUCUAGCGUCCGAGUUGUGCACAGGGACAUAAAGGCUAGCAAUGUCCUACUUGAUGCCAAGCUCAACCCAAAGAUCUCAGAUUUCGGGCUCGCCAAACUUUGUGAUGACAAGAAAACACAUGUCAGCACAAAAGUUGCUGGUACAUUUGGGUAUCUGGCACCUGAGUAUGCCAUGAGAGGUCAUAUGACAGAGAAAGUUGAUGUUUUUGCUUUUGGUGUGGUCAUGUUGGAGAUUAUAACCGGAAGGCCAAACUAUGACGACAGGCUUGAUGAAGACACGGCCUAUCUUUUAGAAUGGGUCUGGCAGCUUUAUGAGGAAGACCAUCCCCUCGACGCUGCGGAUCCCAGGCUCACGGAAUUCAGCAGCGACGAGGUGCUCCGUGCCAUCCGCGUUGCCCUCCUGUGCAUCCAGAGCUCACCCCGGCAGCGGCCGGCCAUGUCGAGGGUGGCGUCGAUGCUCGCCGGGGACGUCGAGGUGGCCGAGGCGAUCACGAAGCCCAGCUACGUCAUCGAGUGGCAGAUGAACUCGUCUAGGGGGCAGUCGUCGUCGACCUCCGGGGGCAGGGACAGGGAGGCCACCAAGUCCUCGUCGCCUUUCCUGAGCUCCGCCACCGACGAAAGCCGGUGACGGCCAUCGUCAUCAGAGACACAGUGCCAUACUGCCAUGGCCGCACCUACCUCAAACUCAAGCCGUCGGCGUUGAACGAGGUUUGCGUCGAUGUUCUGUUCUGCCUGUCCGGGCUUGGUUCCGUCUGCCUGGAAUCAAAAUCCGUUCUUGAUCAGGGACCAACAACGACGGUCACGCCUGUACGGUUCGAUCACAAAAGAUUUCU